UAUAAAUACCUGAACUUGGUAAAGGUUAAGCAUAUCUCAUUUCUAUCAAGACUUUAGCAAAGAAGAUUUCAGAAGCUUGAUCAACAUGUCUAAUAUGUUCAUGAUCUGCACGCUUUUGUUCUCGGCCUUGGCUAUUCUGGCGCCACUGGAGAUUUUAGCAGCUCACUGGCAACCCUUGGCAGAAGGUUAUUAUUGGAAGUCUUGCCCGUCUGCUGAACAGAUAGUUUGGAAGGCUGUGAGUGCAGCAGUAAGGAAAGAUCCUACUAUCCCUGCUGGACUCAUUCGUCUCUACUUUCACGACUGCUUUGUCAGGGGUUGUGAUGCCUCUGUACUUCUGAAAACAACGUCCUCAAAGAAUCCAACAGAGCUAGAAGAUUUUGCAAACAGGGGUUUAAGAGGACUCGAUUUGAUUGAUUCGAUCAAAGCCAAGGUUGAAGCUGUAUGCCCUGGAAUCGUGUCAUGCGCUGACAUAAUAGCAUUUGCAGCUAGAGAUAGCACUUACAAAGCUGGUGGAAUUUACUACAGCAUUCCAUCAGGCCGUCGAGACGGAACUGUUUCCAUAGAAUCUGAAGUUAGCGCUCUCCCUCCCCCAUUCCUCGAUGUUCCACCAAUGCUCCAGUUUUUCACCAACAAAAGCAUGUCAGUGAAAGAAAUGACAGCCCUUUCCGGAGCUCAUUCCAUUGGAUUUGCUCAGUGCAGACUCGUCUCGCCUCGUCUCUACAACUUCAACAAAACGCAUCCACAAGAUCCAACCUUGGACCCCAAGUUCGCAAGUUUCUUGAAGAAAAAGUGCCCUCAAAAUGCUACCAACAGUGUGAAUCUUGAUUCCGUGACCCCGAAUCACCUCGACAACCAGUACUACAAGAACUUAAAGAGGAACAUGGGAGUGCUAACUUCAGAUCAAGUCCUUGCAAAUCAUCCAAUGACAGCAAAAAUUGUGAAAAAAUAUAUAGCUUAUCCCGAAAUUUGGAUCCAGGACUUUGCAGAUGCCAUGGUGCACCUCGGAAGCCUCGACGUCUUAACCGGAAAGAAAGGACAGAUCAGAAAGAAAUGCGGAUUUGUGAACCACUGAGGCUUCUGUCACAGCUUCCACAAGCUUCAUUUCCUGCAGAUUGCUUAUCAUUUUCACAUACAUUUGUUUAUUGAUUUACCAGCGACUAAGUUAUGAUAGAUCAUAAGCAAUGAUCAUUAAAUAUAUUCAAAUUUCGGAUUAUAGUCCA